AUGCGAGGAAGCUUGGGAACGUCAUCGACUCAAGCAGGAGGGGCGAGGAAGGCACGCGGACACACGCCAUCGUUGUACCUGGGGUGCGGCAAGUACUCGUGGACGGGCUGGGCUGUAGUGUGCAUCUUCAUCCUCUUCUCCGCCAUCACCAUACGUCUGCUCGUCAUACGGCGGGCGCGCCAGCAACUCGACAACAACACUCUGCAAGCCUCCGCGUCAGCCUCCAAGAUGAGCGACGAGGAAUCAUCCCGCGAACGAUUUCAGGUCGCGGAGGGCCACACCCUUAGUGUCCUCACCGGCGGCAAUGACAGCAGCGACUACCUCUUCCUUUUAGUGCAUGGCGCCAGCAGAGAGUUUCAGAACGCGGAGCAUUGGAAGCCACACAUGGACUUCUUCGCUCGGCUCGGGCGAGUAUACGCCGUCGACCUGCUCGGGCAUGGCCACUCCACUCCCGGCCCUAGCGAUGCCCUCCAGAACCCAGUCUCGUCUGAGGCUCAGGUGCGAGCUCUGUGGAAGCUGAUUGCUGAGAAGAAGAAGGACCAACAAAAGCUCGUUCUCGUCGGACGCUCCUAUGGUGGGCGGAUCGUCAUGAACCUGGCCAACACGCUCGGCGCUGACCAAGUCCACAAGAUCAUCCUCAUUGCACCGGCGCUGAUGGACGACCAGGUGCAGGGUCUCAAGAAAGAGGUCCUGGCGCUGCCCACGCUCGUGUUCUGGGCGGGCGACGACACCGCGGUGCCGUAUCACAGGGUGAAGGACCUGCUCGACUACUUUGGGGACAGGGAAGUGGUGCUCUUUGAGCACGUCGUCUCCGAAGGCCGACAGGCCUGGGAGGCCCACACUCCCGAGCUCAUCAAGGUCGAAGAUUUCCAGAACAAGGUGGAGGCCUGGCUAUCUUGA